AAUGUGUGUGUAUGUGUGUACUCUUUCAUUUCUUCACGUCCAAUAUUACAGAUAUAUCUACCCUUACCAACCACACAGUCAGGAGUACAGGAAGUUUACUUUUACAAGACUUUGAUAGAGCAGGUGGUGGUCACAUUUUGCAAAAUUCAGAGGAAACCACUCAGCAGGCCAAGCAUCACUCUCUGCAAGAAUAUGAAUGUAUGUGUGAGUACUGUCUGCUUUACUGACAGAAAAAGCAUCAAUAGCCAGAUUUAUCAAGACAGCUGGGAUAGACCUAAGCUGGGAAGACAGAGAGAAAAGAUGCAGAGGAAGAAAUAAGAGGGAUAAAAUAAAGGGGUGUGUGGAAAAGAAAGCCCCUGUUGGUCUGGCGUGUGUCUUGGAACAUUCUCCUGAUAUGUGGAAACAGACUAGAGCUGUGGCUUGCAAGCUGAUGGGAACACAAGACGGCAGGUGAUUUCUGCUCUACUUGCCAAGAUUAAUCAGAACAAUGAGCUGCUGAUGGCGAGGUACAUUUUGGCCUCAUGUAGCCCUUAAUCCAGCGAGAACAGGCCAGUGGGUAUGUCUUUGUGCUCUGUCAUAUCUGCAUGUCUGUGGCAGGAACAAGUCACCCAAUGCAAGGCAAACUGCUCAUACAGAAAGCACACUGCAGCACUAGGCCAUGCAGACUAUACUACACGUUUUGUAUAUGCACAUGUAUGCCUUGAAGCAAUAUACAAAAGCACGCUGUCAAUAGAUUAAUGUCCUAAUGCUGUUAUGCUCAUUCUCACAUUUUCAUUAGAUGGUAAUAUCUUGUUCGUGUUACAUCUGUCCACAGAGCACCAAUAGCAGUAAGGCAAUGUCAGAUAACACAGGAGACAGAGGGACUCUAGAUAAGAGAGGAAUUCCUCAACAUUCUACACGCCGCCAACCACUAGUAAUGAUUUUCAUGUGCAAACUUUGAACUGAAAUUUUUCUUUUUGUACCUUCACUUUAGGAACUUCAUCAUUUAUACACUGUACACAUCGAACAUCAUAUUUGUUAGAAAUAUUGUUUUACAUUAGUUUUCACAGCUAUUCAGAUAUUACAGUUUUAUUCUGUCAAGGAUCAGGCAUUGUGUUUUGAGUAGUAUGAGAUUUUCAAUAGUGAAAUUGCAAGUGGAGUAAAGUAUUACUACCAAUCUAAGUGGGACUGUAUGCGCAUUCCUGCAAAGAGGAAUCAUCCUCCUAAUUAUCAAGACAGUUACCCUUUCAAUUCAUACAACUGUCAAGCAGUAACCUGAGCUGCCCUCAUAGUUAACAUAGUAUAUGGUCCAUAAAAUUUCUCCUAAACUUAUAUUAAGGAUUGGCUGGAGAAGUUAACUCUCUUAUAACAAAAAAAAGGAGGCUAACCCUCUUGUAGAGGCGAGUCAGUACAGAUCUGACUCAGAGGUUGCUUAAGUGUGUAGGACAUGAAGUUGUUUUGUAUUAGUUAUAUUUUUUAAAAUAUGCUCUCAUAAAACUAACAACAUUUUUGCCAGCAUAUUGUUAAUAUAGUCUCAUACUUUAUUAGGUUUUGCAACUAAAUUUGCAGUUUAACUGCCAACAUGUAAGACAAUUGUCCAAGAUGACAUAUGAAAAAAAUACUACUUUAGUCGUGACAGUCCAACUGCAUGAAUACAUGCAUAGGUUUGUGUUUGAGACACAACUUCAUAUGGAAUUCAGCCUGAGGAAAUUACAUUUGUUGCAGUAAAGGCCAUUGCCGUGGCAGCAGUGAUAGAGGCACAUACAUUUUUAUGUGUUACCAUGGCAAAUAUUAUUCUAGAAUAGUCAUUUACAUCAGAAACAAAGUGACAAUAGUUAAACGUGAUUAUUUUUCUGCUUGUGAAAUGCUGAAGAUAAGUGUCAAGAGGGGGAUGAUAUGAUUAUAUGUUAGUAACAGGAAAGGGUGGGGAGAUUUUAAUAAUUUCUAAAAAGGAACAUAAUCCACUCCCCUCUUGCUCUCUCCCUCCCUGCCACCUCCUUCCUCUUCUCUCCCUCUGAGUCCCAGCCCCUGAAGGUGUCAUAACUGUGCUCUUUCUCUCUCUCUCUUUCUCUUUCUCCCCCUCACUCACUUACUCUCUCUCUGUCUCUCUGUGUCUUUCUCUCUCUCUCUCUCUCUCUCUCUCACUCACUCACUCACUCACUCACUCUCUAUCACCGCCUUUCAGAUCUUUAAAAGCUGGUGCUUUGCUGUGUCUCUCUCGAUCUCCAUUUGUCUCCUCUGGCACUGCAGGGGACUCAACCGGCAAAGCACCAAGGAGAGCUACUGUGUAGAAACGGGAAGAAGACUGAGGAAAGGGGAGAGAAAGGGAGGGAGAGUGAAAGAGAAAUAUACAUCCAGAAAUAGCAUCAGCCACAUUUAACUGACAGAGAGUGACAGUGUGGAGAACCUGAGACCUGGACAGAAAAUGCCUAUCCUUUCUAACUUAACAACCGUUGUUUUGCUGCUGAUUGCUCAUUGCGGAUCAUGGACCGGGGCAAACCGUUUGGGCCCCUUCAAGGUCUGUCCCUCUUGCAGGGAUCCACUGGGAGCAGGUCGGCCCCCCAGGGACCAUAAUGUUGCCGGCAGCACGUCAGUGUUGGCCCAGGGAGAGCCCUGUGGUGUGUACACCCUGAGCUGUGCCAAAGGGCUCCGCUGUGUUCCUCCACCAAGGGAGCACAGCCCCCUCCAGGCUCUGUUACAGGGAAGGGGCAUUUGCGCUAAGCACAGCAGGACUAGUCCUACUGAGAGGCCCCACCCCACAGGUCCUCAUCCCUCACACAGUGGUGACAUAGAAAAAGCACCAUGCCGCAAGCUGCUCAAUAGUGUCCUGAGAGGUCUUGAGCUGACAAUCUUCCAGUCUGACCGUGACAUCUAUAUACCCAACUGUGACACUCGUGGAUUCUACAGGAAAAAGCAGUGUCGUUCCUCCAAGGGCAUGCAGCGUGGCCAUUGCUGGUGUGUGGAUGAGCUCGGCACGCCUGUGCCAUCACGUGCCAGUGAAGAUGGUACUUUACCAUGCGAUGGGGAGUGAGGGAUGAGCCUGUUCUAUUGCUUUGAGCCUGGAGGAAGAGGAGAAGGAGGAGGAGAGGAGGUGGUGGAGGAGCAGGAGCACAGGGAGAGGGGUGGCUUUAGCAUGUGCUAGGCACUGCCUGGACAGGAGGUAGCAGGGAUAAACCACUUCCUAUGGAAAAUACACACCAGUUAAUGUUCAUGUCCUCUCAGAAGCAAGACACACACACUUACACAGUCCAGCAGCAACAACAAUAACAUCUGCCUGAAUGUUCAACAGUUGCAGCAACGUCCUCUGCGUUGUCCAGUGACAUGCUGCAUGCUCACAUUAAUGCUCUGUGAACUGCCUCAGUGAUCCAAGCGGUAUUAACUCCGAAUGAUCUCUAUAUUCCCUGGCUCUUGUCCUGGCUUUCUGGUAGAUUUUUAUUUUCCUUAUUACUUUAGGAUAGCUGACACUGCCUGUGUUUGUUCUGAUCUCAGUGGGCUGAAAUACUGUUAUGCAGGUGACGUGACACAGAUGUUUGAAAAAUGUGUCUCCCUCACCGGUCCUCUCUCCCUCUCUCCAAAGAUACACUGAUAUCAAUACAACUAAUUGACAGAAUAUUUCUUUUCUAUUAAUUUAUUUUUGAGUAUGUAUUUCCAUCAAGUAUUGCUUGAAUCUCUCGGUAUCUUAUAUAUGUCAAGUCAGAAAAAAUAGUCAUACAAAUACAAUCCUGGAUGCCUCUGUUCAUUUUAUUUGUCAAAAUUGCGUUCUGACUGCUUAUUAGUUGAUUGUUUGUACAUAUAUUGGAAUUUUGUGGUUGACUGUGUGUUAUAAAGUGGCUGACAAAAAGCUUACGGCUGUUACCCUUUUCAAAAAGUUGUAAGGCAUAUUUUUAUACACGUCAAUAUAAUAUUUUAUAUAUGAAUUGUUGGUUUAUUUAAUGAACUACAGUACAAUGCCAUGUAUUUUUAUAUUGUCAGCAGUUUCUUAUUUAAAGACAGAGAUUAUUUUAUUUCAUGUUAAGGGAAGUGAUGUGCUUUAGAGGCACCUUUAUGGCAAAACUCAUCACAUUCAUCAGAGCUAUUCAACUGCUGUACAUCUUAUGGUUAUAUCUCAUGUUCUUAUCUUAUUUAUGCUUUGUUUAGUUGAAAAUGAGAAUGUCCAUGUUACUAUUAUGUUUUACUUUGGCACUUCAUCAUAUAAAUUCUAAUUUCAAUAGAGGUAAAAAUGAUUAAAUUUGUUAUUGUUAGAGUAUGUCUUUCCCAAGUCCUUGCAAAAGUCAUUAAAUUGUGUGCUAUUAAAGUGUGAUUAGAAUUUAUCUAUUUCUAACCAAUCUUGUUGUGCCAAUGUGUGUGCUGUGAUGAUAGUUCCAUGCACAAAGGACUUAAAUAAAACAUAAUGAUAAUAAAUAUGGAGAAGAAUAAAACAUAUAUUAAUAUAA